GGUAACAGGGCGGAUGGAAGGCGCAAAACCAGAGUGAAUUAUUUAUUUUCCAUUUCAGGAAAAUGAUCAGAGACAUGAUUGUGUUUUUUUUUAUCUGAGCGACUCCAGCUCUCUGAAACAUCCGAUCCUCUCUGUUCAACCUUUUCUCCUCUGAUCGUUUUUGGUCUCCUCAAACAGAAGCUUGCUGAUGAGCGUCCUCUCAGCUGGACAAGCUGUUGUCUCCUCUCGCUUCUGAUUGACCAUCAGUGGUUCCCCCCCCCCACACGCGCGCGCGCGCGGACCCGGGAAGAGCUGACCUCAUGCACCACCGAGCAGGAUGGGAGAGUGGAAGAAAGCAGUGGGGGGAGAGAGAGGGGCUUAGAAGAGCCCGGCAGGAGGAGUGGGACCAGUGAGAAGGACUCGGGCGUCUCUCAGGUCCAGCCUGACUUGAAGGCAGAAUUUUCAGGAAGCAAACAGAUCAGAUUCCAGAUCCACUGAUUCCAGAUCAGUGAUCUCUCUUCCAAGAUUUCUAAAUUAUUCCCAGACUCCCCGGGACCCACCAGGAUGAGGGCUGUGGACGUCCCGCUGCUGGUGCUGCUCGCUGCGUCUCUGUCCCGGAGCGCGCUCGGCGGCUACGGGGUGAGCCUGUUCGCGGCGCAGACCUCCCCCCCGGACCCCUGCAACGACGAGCACGGCAACCCGCGGCGCUGCAUCCCGGACUUCGUCAACGCCGCCUUCGGGAAGGAGGUGAGGGUGUCCAGCAGCUGCGGCAGGACGCCGAGCCGCUACUGCGUGGUGAGCUCCGCGGAGAAGGGCGACGAGCGGACCAGGAACUGUCACACGUGCGACGCGUCCGACCCGAAGAAGAACCACCCGCCGGCGUACCUGACGGACCUCAACAACCCGCACAACCUCACCUGCUGGCAGUCCGAGAACUUCCUCCAGUUCCCGCAGAACGUCACCCUGACUCUGUCCCUAGGGAAGAAGUUUGAGGUGACCUACGUGAGCCUGCAGUUCUGCUCCCCGCGUCCGGAGUCCAUGGUCAUCUACAAGUCCAUGGACUACGGCAAGACCUGGGUUCCGUUUCAGUUCUACUCGACCCAGUGCAGGAAGAUGUACAACAAGCCCAACAGGGCGGCGAUCACCAAGCAGAACGAGCAGGAGGCCGUGUGCACGGACUCCCACACCGACAUGCACCCGCUCACCGGCGGCCUCAUCGCUUUCAGCACGCUGGACGGACGCCCGUCCGCGCACGACUUCGACAGCUCCCCGGUGCUGCAGGACUGGGUCACGGCCACGGACAUCAAGGUCAUCUUCAGCCGCCUGCACACCUUCGGGGACGAGAACGAGGACGACUCGGAGCUGGCGCGGGACUCCUACUUCUACUCCGCGUCGGACCUUCAGGUCGGCGGGCGGUGCAAGUGCAACGGGCACGCGUCCCGGUGCGUGAAGGACCGCGACGGGAGUCUGGUCUGUGACUGCAAGCACAACACGGCCGGACCAGAGUGCGACAGGUGCAAACCGUUUCACUACGACAGACCGUGGCAGAGGGCCACCGCGCGCGAGGCCAACGAGUGCGUCGCCUGCAACUGUAACCUUCAUGCCAGGAGGUGCCGGUUCAACAUGGAGCUCUACAAACUGUCGGGGAGGAAGAGUGGGGGAGUCUGCCUCAACUGUCGGCACAACACAGCUGGUCGUCACUGCCACUACUGCAAGGAGGGCUACUACAGAGACCUGUCCAAAGCCAUCUCACACCGGAAGGCCUGCAAAGCAUGUGAAUGCCAUCCCGUGGGUGCUGCUGGCAAAACCUGUAACCAAACCACAGGACAAUGUCCCUGUAAAGAUGGCGUGACCGGUAUCACGUGCAACCGCUGCGCUAAAGGCUACCAGCAGAGCCGCUCGCCCAUUGCCCCCUGCAUAAAGAUUCCUGUUUCUCCUCCCACAACUCCAUCCAGCAUCACCGAGGAACCAUCUGACUGCGACUCGUACUGCAAAGCCUCCAAAGGCAAACUGAAAAUCAACAUGAAGAAGUACUGCAAGAAGGAUUACGCUGUCCAGGUUCACAUCCUGAAGACAGACAAGGCUGGCGAAUGGUGGAAGUUUACCGUCAACAUCAUCUCCGUCUACAAGCAGGGCGAGAGCCGCAUCCGCCGCGGGGACCAGUUCCUGUGGGUCCGCGCCAAAGACGUGGCGUGCAAGUGUCCCAAGAUCAAGCCUGGGAAGAAGUACCUGCUUCUAGGGACCGACGAGGACUCCCCGGGUCAGAGCGGCGUGGUGGCUGACAAAGGCAGCCUGGUCAUCCAGUGGAGGGACACGUGGGCGCGCAGGCUCAGGAAGUUCCAGCAGCGGGAGAAGAAAGGCAAGUGCAAGAAGCCAUAGGUGGAGAUACGUAUAGAGGGGAAGCUGAGCAGAUGGUCGGAGAACACAAGGUGACAGAGGACAAAGGACCACGGACAGAGAGGACACCGCUUUUGUCGCUGCUUUUGUUUAGAAGCAUGAAGAGAUUUAGAAUGAUUUGUAUUUUCUAGUGAACUUUUGAAGGAGCUCACCUUGCAGAUUUGGUUUUAUGGUUUCUUUUACUUUGAGAUUCGUCUCUCUUGUGGAUUUGCCGAAUUUGCACCUAUUACCAGUAUAUAACAUUAUUUGUGUGAUUAUUUUUUAUUUCCAUAUGAAACCUUGUAUUGUAUGCUCUAAUUUUACGGACACUCUACGCUGGUGCAACAACGACAAACAGCCACGUGAAUACAGCUGCAAUAUUUGCCUCUGCAUGUACUUUAACUGAACUUAGAAGCUAACCUGUGAGGGAACGUCGUCGCUACUCUAACUGGGACUGGAGCCAUCGUUGCGGCGCCACACGAAAGGAUCCCGAGCUCUGGAGUUUGUGAUUGUCCUCCAGCAUUUUUCUUCACAUUUGCAUGAGGCAGAAGAGGAGCGACGACAAGAGAAUGAACAGACUGGAGCUGAACACGUGGACACCCUCUAUCUUCCACGAAAAAGGUGCAGUUUGAGUGUUUGUAUACCAGUACACACUUUGUAUUUGUUUGUGAUCACUUUUAUAAAAUGCUGCUCAAAUUCUACGGGGUGCAUUUCUAACCACUGUUUUCAUUUUCAGUAUUUAUGUUUUUUUUCUCCUCGUUGUCUCUAUUCACAAACAAAAUCUGUUUAAGGAUGAUUAAAGGCCAGUCCAAAUUUAGAUCUGUUUUCACUCAGCUCAAGUUGAGUAACAUGGACAGCUCUGUGAACAACCUCAGGUUGGAGAAACAGCGAUUCUGACUAAAAUGAUAAGCUAGCAGCUAUUUUCAAUGGGACUUAAAUCAGAGUGGAUCAAAACAACUAGUCUCAAAAAUGCUUUGUGCAAACCCUGUAUCAGUUACAGCUCCAUCAAUUUUAGAUUGCAUGUUUAUUGAUGUCAAACCCUUUAGUUUUUUUUUCUAAGUGCAGCAGCAGCUAGGGAUUCUCCUUCCAUGCACAUAAGUCAGAACUGGCAGCAGCCUAACCCAGAAAUUCCACUACCUCCGCUCCGCCUUCCGCAGCCGCUCGCGUCCUAACUCAAUUUUUACUGGUACCCGCUCUACAACGGCUUUGCUCCGGUGCGGAGACCUGAGGUGCGCAAACAGGCAUGCGUGGGAUUUUCGAGAUCUUGUCCUUUCACUGUGACCCGAUUGAUCAUGAGCCCUGGCUAUUUGUACAGGGGAGCUCUCUGUUUGGCUGACUGGUUAGCACACAUGACUUUCACCCGGGAGUCUGGGGAUCGAAGCUCAAUCGGACCAUUUUUGAUCUCCGCCACAGAACUCUCUGAAGAACUCAGUAUUGACGGCUUCAGCAAUGCUAUGCCACUCUGUGGAUUUUCUCUUAUUUGUUUUGCAAAAGCACUUCCUUUCAUUUCUCCCCCUCACCCACAAGUACCUCAAUUUCUGCUUCUGUGAAAUUGCGCUUCCUUGAUCUGCCUUGAUCUGCGGUCGCCAUGUCAUUGGCGGAGCGCUGCGACAACCGACUUAUGUAUAUGCAUGAGAUCCACAAGGCACUUUGCAUUGACUAUUUAUGGCAGUAAGUGGGCGUGGUCAGGGCAGCAUGUGACUAAAAUGUAGCUGAGAAACAUUCUCGUUAAUCUCCGAUUUAUGAAGCGGAGAUUGCGUGCAGCUGUGUGUACUCCAUGUUUGAUAGGUCACAAACCUGCUUGGUGUCGACACAUUUUUUUUUGCUGAGCUUAAGUACGAUUUUAGUAAGGAUUCUACGAAAUGUUUGAUAAAUGAGACCCCUGAUCUUUUAGGCCCGUUGACUUGCAUUCAUUUUUUUUCAUUCUUCCGGGGACCCAUAAGCCGACCGGAAAGGGAGGAUACUUAGGCUCCCCAUUCACCUCAGAUGUGUCCUGGCUUUGUCUGGAAUAGCCGUUAGCUCAUCAGUCCAGUCAGAAGUGAUAGUGCGUGCCAUUUAUCCUCAGGAGUUGGAAUUUUAUAGUUUCAGUUCAGAAUAAUCAACUAGAACACCCCGACUUUAGAAUCGAGAAGGCAAAGAUUCCAGACCUGCUCCGACCAAAAGCAGGAAAACUCACAAUAGCUGAACUAAUGGAGCCCAGAACUCCAGACAAACUGUAGUGGUAGCAAAAGAUUUUAUUCUGGAGGUAGGUCUAGCCAUGCUUCAGUGUAGCCUCAGCUCCACCAUUGGCCAAUCACAGCACUCUAUAUUUGUAGAGAGACAGGCUUAGAACCAGUGCUGAAACAGAAAAGAACUACAAAGAUGGCAUCAGCUCAGGAACAACGCUCAUUUGAAACAGCUUUGGUAUAAUAUUAGGGACGGGUACCGAAUUCGGUAAUUUUUAAGGUACCGACCGAAUUCCACAGUACCGACCGAGCACCGAUUCACUUCAUUUGAAACGGUGCCUCGUUUCGGUACCCGUCCUUCACAACGAGAACUUGCCUAGACAGCUGCGCAUGCGCAACAGCGUUAUGUCAUCGGUCGCUGCGAGCCAGUUGUAAACAGAGCAGCAUGGUAGAAAGAACACACGCUAAAGCUUGGGUCCACUUCACUAAAUGUGAUGGGUAACUGGGUGAUGAUGAAACCAGCGACAACGAUCUAAGUGAGACAUCCUCAUCUUAAUCUGCUCUGGUAGAUAAAUAAAAUGUUUAAGAUAACGUUAGCUUGAUUUGUUAGCUUCCGUUUCACUAAUGGUGCGUUUGCUUUCUCCUCGGAACUCCGAAAUUUUGACUAGAAGAAUAUAAACGCGCUCUAAAGUUUAGCUUCACUUUACUAAAUGCGACGGGUGAUUGGGUGAAGAUGAAACCAGUGACAACGAUCUAAGUGUGAGGCAUCAUCGUUUAAAUCUGCUCCAGCAGCUAAAACUGUUUAAGAUAACGCUAGCUUGAUAUGUUAGCUUCCAUUGCUACCAUUGUUAUCAGCUAAUGGUGCGUUCGCUUUCUCUUCUGAAAUUCUAACUUCCCAGUAGGAAAAAUCAAAUGAAAAAAGACGGCAAAAGGAAUGAAGAUACACAGUAAAUUUAGUUCACAGUAAAGAUGUUUGCUUCAGUUUAAUUAUCAGCUUAUAAAACUACAAGGACGAUGUUAAAAUACAAACAGUUGUAUGUUAUUUAUCGUGAUAUUUAUCAAAUAUUGUUAUAUAUUGAGAAAAAUAUAUAUCUAAUUAUAAAAGAGAAUUAAAAUAUUAAACACUCAAAAGUAUCGAAAAUUGGUACCGUUAAGUACCGGUAUCGAUUCGUAGGUACCGGGAAUUAGUACCGGAUCGAUUCAAAUGUCAAAGGUACCCAUCCCUAUAAAUCAUCAUAGAUUAUCCAGACUUGAGCUUUCCUUUGAGUUAUGAGCAGACAGACGUACUCAAGUUAUUCAUGUAGAAAAAGGAUACGUCUUACAUGGUGUAAGUCAGACUGCCCUGUUGACUGACAUCUAUAGCGAUGAGUAUGUCACAUCCUUGCUCUGAUUGAUCCUAGAGCUAGCCAAUUUUGUCUCAGAGGUCCAGUCUCACAGAUGCUCAUGCCCAACAUGCUGCUAGAGGCUGAAUCAUCAGGUGACUAGAACACACCCAAGUGUUCCCAGAGUUCCAACGUCUGAGAAAAAUCUUUAUUGCUCCAAGCUGCCAUCUUGAGCGGAGGUUCAUAAAUUAGAACAGUCAUAUUAACACUCAGACACGGGUUAUGUUGGUGUAUAACAUCGAUGCAACAUUAGACUUGCAUGAAUUAAAGUACUUCAUUCAAAUCAUCUUCUAUGAUCUCAGCAAAGAGUUUACAAAUGUCUGACCAGACAGGAGUUUAAUGACAGCAUGUUUAAAUGAGAUUAAAACAAAAACCAUAUUUUAUGUGAUAGUAUCAUAACAGUAGCUACCGGUUAAUACUCAACUGGUGUACUUUUAUAUGGAACAUCCUGAUGUUUUGACACACGGAGGGCAAUAAAAGCAAGAAUUAUGAAUAUUAGUGCAGAGAUGCCUGGUCACAGCACAGUAAAAUGUGGAGAACAAGGUUAAAUCUUCUCCAAAUCCCAGACUUGCUUUCAGCUACAAUGCUACCUAGAUGGCAGAAAAAUACUUCCAGAGUUUGCACGCAUGCGCACACACACACACGCACGCACGCACACACACAUACGCACACACACACGCACACACACAUGCACGCACGCACACACACACACACACACACACAGCAUGAAUGUAAAUUCACUGAACAGUAUCAGAGCUGCCAUGUUGAUUCUCUUCACGUUUGCACAAGGAGAAACAGGCGAAUAGGAGCGAUCAGGCUGGAUCGGUUGUAAAAUAAUUAUUUUUUUUAAAUUUUGUUAACAGUCUAGUUUGAGUUUUUGCAAAUGCUGAAUCGUCAGGUUUGUAAAGAUCCCACGGGUGAAACAGAUUGGUCUAAAAAUGGUGAUUCUUCAAUCCAAAUCACAAAAUAAAAAGUGUUUAAACUGUUUUAUCACGAUCAAUCAAAUGUAUCGGAUUUAAAACUGGUUAAUACUCUUCCAUACAGAAUUAUUAAAAUUCUGCCACAUUAAAGGGGAUCCAGCAUGAAUGACCUGUUUAGGGUCAAAGGUCAGACACUGUUCUGCUAGAUAGCAGAAUUGAUGGUUUCAUCAGUUACAGGACAUGGGCCAGGUGCUGAAGCAGCUGAGCAGCCCCAGACCAUCAUCCUCCCGCCCCCAUGCCUGAUGAUGUUUUAGUGUUAGGAUUAUUAACCGCUGUUGUAACGAGUCAGACUGAUCAGCUGUAGAUAAUAUGGCUUUGAUUUGACUUCUGAGCUUACAUGUUCCUGCUUUUCAAGCCGCCACCUGACAAAGGGUUAAAGGUCAACGCUCCGAAGCCUCACGCUGUAAAUUUUACAUCCAUUUUUGGAGCGAAGGCUCCAGAGAAAACGCCAUAAACAUCAGAUCAUUGCUUUGUGUUCAUACUAUGAAUUGUAAAUGUUGUCACCGUUGCUAAGACGUUUUCAAUACCUACUAAUAUAUUAUGGUUAUUAUAUAAGAAUAUAUUUAAUGACACGAGACAUUGUGGAUUUUAUUGUCUUUUUUUUUUUUACUUGUUUAGAUCAUUGACAUUAAAAAAGCAAAGAACUACUGAACACAGCAGCUUGGUAGGACUAAAUUCAGAAUUGCAGUUGAAAUAAACUCUUUACAUUGACAACUUG